AUGAGGACGUAUAAAGGAGAGAAAAUCGAAGACUGGAUCGAUGGGGCAAUCCAGGUCGACAACGAUUACCAAGAAUACAAACGCCACGACAACUACCGACGAGGAUUCGUAGUGAAAGGACAAAGGUCCAAUACCAAAAAACAGAGGCAACCAUACUACGGACCGAUGCCAAUGGACCUUAACCAAGUCCAGAAGAAACGAGGAACGACCCAAGGUAAAGACACAAAACAAGGCAGGAAGCCCAAUGGGCUAAGGAACCAAGGAAACUACUAUAAUUAUGGAAAGCCUAGUCACUACGCAAGAGAAUGCAAGUCCCCAAAGAAACAGGCGAAUCAGGCAGAACCCCAGAAAAAGAAUUAG